GGUACUUGUUGACCUUGGAUGACGUACUCGUUAGUUGAUAAUAUUAUACUCAGUCCAAUUGAACAACUCGCGGUACAAAGACGUGUUCAAAUAUGACGGAAAACAAAAUAUCUGCCACAUUUUGGGAUGAAUUAACUAGUCCCAUUAAUUUGAUUUUGUUGCUUUUCAUUUUGUACCUACUAUACAAGAUAAUAAAGUCGCAUUUCGAAACGUCAGCACCGGAAACACCUCCUCCGCCGCCGAUGGCCAAACUACGAAAGGAUAUGACUGUUGCUGAAUUAAAGAAAUAUGAUGGCUCUGAUGAUGAAGGCAGAGUAUUGCUGGCUGUGAAUGGUAUUAUUUUUGAUGUGACUAAAGGAAAAAGAUUCUAUGGACAGGGAGGUCCAUAUGCGGCAUUUGCUGGUAAGGACGCAACUCGCGGUCUAGCGACAGGAGAAGUCGCUGCGUCAGAUAAGGAGUACGACGAUGUCAGUGACCUAUCACCUGAUGAAGUUGCAUCAGCGAAAGAAUGGGAAGAACAGUUCAAAGAGAAAUAUGACAUCGUAGGGAGACUUUUGAAGCCCGGGGAGACACCAAAUAAAUACGACGAGGAAGCUAGUGAAGACAAGAAGGCGCUAUAGAUUUUAGAUAAAUUUUGCAAGCUUGUGAUAUUUUGUAGUAUAAUAAUAUUUGUUGGGUAAUGUUACAUAAUAAAUUAGAAUUUU